AUGGGAAACGGCACAGGGGUGACAGAGUUCAUUCUCAUGGGGCUCACAGAUGACCCCCACCUACAGGCCCUGCUCUUCCUCGUCCUAUUCCUCACUUAUGCAUUAAGCAUCAUCGGGAAUCUGACCAUCGUCAUUCUAACGCUGCUAGACUCCCACCUCCGCACCCCCAUGUACUUCUUCCUGUCCAGUUUCUCCUUGCUGGAGAUGGCCUUCACGUCUGCCUGCAUUCCCCGAUUCCUGGUCUCCACUGUCACCGGAGACAGAACCAUUUCCUUUUCCAACUGCUUCACCCAGCUCUUCUUCACUAUCUUCCUGGGGGGGGCGGAGUUCUUUCUCCUGGCCGCCAUGUCUUACGACCGCUACGUCGCCAUCUGCCGGCCCCUACACUACACGACCGUCAUGAGCCGGGGCGUCUGCACCUUUCUGGUCCUCUGCUCUUUUCUCUCCAGUUAUCUGAUCGUGUUCCCAGCGGUUGUGAUGGGCGCCCGGCUAGACUUCUGCGACUCCAACAUCCUCGACCACUUCGCCUGUGAUUCUUCCUCACUGAUGGGGCUCUCGUGCACAGACACAAGUUACCUGGAGCUGUUGGCUUUCCUCUUGUCCUUGGCGACGCUUCUGGUCACCCUAGCACUAAUGACCGCGUCCUACACGGCCAUUGUCCGCACCAUCCUGAGGCUGCCCUCCGCUCAGCAGAGGAGAAAAGCCUUUUCCACCUGCUUCUCCCACAUGGUCGUGGUCUCCAUCACAUAUGGCAGUUGCAUCUUCAUGUAUAUCAAACCGUCAGCAAAGGACAGGGUGGAACUAACCAAGGGGGUGGCGGUGCUCAACACUUCCGUUGCCCCCAUGUUGAACCCCUUCAUCUACACCCUGCGGAACGAGCAGGUCAAACAGGCCUUCAGGGCCCUGGUGUACCGGGCUGGGUUUUCCUCCAGGAAGUGA